AUGUAUAGAGUAGAGUUUGUAUUAAGAGGAGAAGUAGCAUUCGAAGCGGAUGUUGAUCUACCUGCUUUAGAAGAGGAAGAGUAAUUGCAGGAAUAAAAUAAUUAGCAAAAUAAAACAAGAGGAAGAAAGCCUGGAAAAAGGGGAGCUGUUGCUCCCUAAGUGCCUGUAGUGAGUUAAUCUGCAGUAUCUAAAAAUAACAAAAACAAGAAAACAUAACCUCCACCACCUCCUCCUCCUUAAUCUUAAAAGAAAGGUCAAAUAGCAAGCAGAUAUAGUUCAAGAAGAAGAAAAGGAUAGCAUGAUGAUGAUUUGUUAGAAGAAGAAAGCGAAAAACCAUACAAAGAAGAAUAACCCUAAAAGAAACUCAAGAAAGGAAAAAAAUAAGUUGUUGAUUCAGAUAUUGAAGCUGAUGAAGAAGAUGAAGAGGAGAUGCAAGGAAGUGAAGACGAAGCAAAACUUUUAGAAUUAGAAGGUGAACUUGAAGAAGAAUUAGCGCAUUUAGGAGAGGAUGGUGAAGAUGUUGAUAAUUUUGAAGAAGACGAUGAAAAUGAAGAAUUAGAAAAGUUAGAACGUUAUGCUACUAAUGAGAGACCCAUAGCUAAGUUGAGUUAAAGAUUUAAAGAUUUAGAAAAUCUGAGUGAUUCAAAUCUCUCUGAAGACCCAAACUAUCAAAAGCUUACUAAAAGAUAAAAAAAUAUUGUGAAAAAUAAUAUGUCAGGUUAAGUGGAAACUGAGUAUCUUCAACUACCUAAUUAAUCAAGCAGAAAAAAAAAUAAGUUUGUAACUGAAGAGGAUUAAAUGAAAAAGAUUGAAAAAGAGGAGAAAAGAAGAGCUUAAAUGCAAAAACAGAUAGAAGAUUUAAAACGUUAAACUGUUGAUAAAAUUCUUAAUGAAGCAGGAACAAAAUAAAAGAAGAGAAAGGAAAAAGAAGAAAUAGAAAAAGACAAUAAAAUUAAUCAUCAGUAUCGUAAAUUACCAUAAGGCAUGCCCCGCAUAAGAAUAUUAAAUAACUCUUAAGGCUCUAUAGUAAGUAUAACAAAGACAGCGUUUCAUCCUUUGUUGAAUCCUUUCCCUGUUGUUUUUGAAAAUAACUUAAUGGGAGACCUAGAAAGUUAAACAAUUUAAAAUGAAGAUUAAAAUCUAAGUUAAUAAUAAAAUGUUGUAAGUGGUUAAAAUGAUCAAAAAGAUAAUGAAAGUAACAAUAAUGACAUAAAUAAUAAAAAAGAAAUUGAAGAAGAUAGUUCAAAAUUAAUGGAAGAAUCAAGCUGA